UGCGCGCAGAUCACCUAGUGCGCGCUCCCGCUCCCGCCGCCUCCCACCUUCCCUGCCCCAGGCCCUCCGCUCCGGUCCAGGCACCCGGUGUCCCCGCCCCGCCCGACCUGCGUUAGGCGCGGCGGCGUCGCCCAGGCCCGCGCCCCCCGCCCGCCGCGCUCGGCUGUCUCCGCGUCCGGCGCUCGGCGGCGCUCGGCUGUCUCCGGCCGCUCGGCUCGGCGCUCGGCUCGGGUCCGCGGUCGCUGCGGCGCCGGGCAUUUCUCCGCAGCUCGGCUCGCGGCCGCGCCCGCCCGCCUGGCCUGCGCCCAUGCAGGCCAUCAAAUGCGUGGUGGUCGGCGACGGCGCCGUGGGAAAGACCUGCCUGCUCAUCAGUUACACGACCAAUGCCUUCCCGGGAGAGUACAUCCCCACCGUGUGAGCGGGCUGGGCAGUUUCGAUAACUACUCUGCCAACGUGAUGGUGGACGGGAAGCCAGUCAACCUGGGGCUGUGGGACACCGCUGGGCAGGAGGACUACGACCGUCUGCGGCCACUCUCCUACCCACAAACUGACGUCUUCCUGAUCUGCUUCUCCCUGGUGAGCCCAGCCUCUUUUGAGAAUGUUCGAGCCAAGUGGUACCCAGAGGUUCGACACCACUGCCCCCACACGCCCAUCCUCCUGGUGGGCACCAAGUUGGACCUCCGUGACGACAAGGACACCAUCGAGCGGCUGCGGGACAAGAAGCUGGCACCCAUCACUUACCCUCAAGGCCUGGCCAUGGCCCGGGAGAUCGGCUCAGUCAAGUACCUGGAGUGCUCGGCCCUGACGCAGCGGGGCCUGAAGACGGUGUUUGACGAGGCCAUCCGAGCGGUGCUCUGCCCGCCCCCUGUGAAGAAGCCGGGCAAGAGAUGCUCAGUCUUCUAGAGCUCGCCCUUCCGGGGGGCAGCCCGCCCCCGGGCCGAGUCCGCCGUGGGGGAGUGGUGUGGGUGGGGAGGGGAAGCAUGGGGACAAGGCGGCAGCUCCUGGGGCAGCACCGGGCCCAGGGGCGUCCUGCCGUCGGCCUCUUUCUGGGGCAAGGCCCCAGCCUUCCCUAGCUCCUCCGGGAGGCUGGGAGGGAGCAGGGUCUCCCUCAGGCUGCAGGGGCGGGUCCAGGGCAGCCCCAGGGUGGGCUUCCCUGCUGGGAGAGGAUGGGGGGUUGUCCACGUGUCCUGGAUGGGGCAGCCCCUUAUUUUAUACAAUAAAUGUUCUCCACC